ACUCUAAUACAGACAACACAGAAUCCCUCAACAGCGUCUUAUGUCGCCCUAGCCCUCUAAGUAGGUAGACUGAUCGAAUGAUAUAUUGUUUGAUACGCGACCUCUGACCCCGACUUUUCCCAGUCCAGUGUCAUGGACACAGAUGACACGGCCCCCCUGAUGAAUCAGGAUUCGACAGAGCCACGCCCAGAUGAGGAGGGGAUGGACCCGGUCAAUGAUUCGGUCUUGAAACAAGAAGAGCACGAGAUCAUGGAUGAGGAGGAGGCGGAGGAAGGGCUCUCCGAAGAAACUAAAAAGCCAGACGGAAAGAAAGGCGCCGAGCCCGAGCCUGAAUCUCAGGCUAAAUAUACCCGUGACAAAUAUCGUCACUAUUACAAGUACAAACACGAGUGGGAGAGGGAGUUUCCAUGGGUGGAGAAGGCCACGGCUCACACGCAGCACGCCUACUGCACUCUCUGUGGCAAGACAUUGAUCCCAAGACAUCACACGUUGGUCAAGCAUGAGAAGACCAAGAUCCACGCCGACUCCGUGGAUCGGGAGAAGAUCCGCUCCCAAUUACAGCAAAGCGUCAAGGAGGAGAGCCCGAAUGAGCCGGAGCCACUACAACAGAUACUGGAGGUGGAUGACGAUGACGAGGAGACCAAAGUAAUUGUGAUUCACAGGGACGACACUAUGCAUUUAGUGCCAGUUGAGGUGGAGGUCGAGAGUCAGCCCGUCAAUUGUCAACAGAAAGGCUCUCAGAAUCUGAUUGCUCAGCCCAAGACGGAUUUCGAGAACUUCCUCAUGAACGCCUCAACCGACACGCUCAUAUCGUUGGUCGGACCCACGCUGUUUGACAAGUUGACCAUGUGGGAGCUGAUGCUCACCAAGGCCACGUUGCAGCCUGAUCUGAGCGGCACGGACCUGGUCUUGAAGGACUUGGAGUGCUUGCUCUUCGAGGCCAAGUCUCUGAUGAUCAAUUGCUUUGAGAAGUCCGACCAGACCAAGCGGAAAAAGACCAUCGGCGUGGAUUUGAGUAGCGUCCUGGCUCAGGGUUUGGAAUUGGAACCGGGCUAUUGGGAACAGAAGAGCACCGACCAAGCCAGGUGCCAGCGUCCUCUCGAAGAAAAAGUCUUGGCUCAAGUUAUCCCGCAAAACGAGAACGUGGCCUUGGUGAAGCAAGAACUCGCCGCAGGCAAACCGAGAAACCGUUCCUCCCGAAGGAACCUGCAAGUCAUCAAGGUUUUGAAGGACAAAGACACCCCGCCGAAGGCUCAACCCGAGAGUGAGAAGGAGAAAGAGAGAGAUAAGGAGAAGGAGAACAAACCGGAGACGCCCUUGAGAGCCAAACGAAAACGGAAGCGGAAGCGAAACUACUCCUCUGAAGAUGACUCCGACCAAGAGGAGGAAGAGCGAUUGAUGAAGAAGGACGUCAAACCCGAGGAGGCCAAACCUAUUCCAGACCGGGAUUUCGUCAAGAAUUGUAAUCGGUGCGGCAACACGUUUCCUUUCACGGAAUCCACGCGGAAACAUGAAGAAUAUUGUCCGGGCGUGAUGCGCUACCGUCGAGACGGCAAGAACUUCCUGUGUCAGUAUCCCAAUUGUCCGUAAGCUGGGCAAGUAUUCGAGAAGAAGCUCGAUCUGUUGGAACACAUCGAUGAGAUCCACGUCAACGAGGACGAGCGGACCGUGGCUUGCACUUACGAGGGCUGCUCCGUCAAGUCCAAGUCCGUGAUCAUGCGGAACAUCCACAUUCG